AUGACCCAAGUUCCUUUGGUUUCGCAGUACGAUCCUUACAGCCAGCCUGCCCAGCAAUUACAGCAGUUGCAACAACAGCAGCAACAACUUCAACAGCCUCAAGUGAGUGCUGAGCCUGAUAUGCUGCGCAAUCUCAUGGUGAACUACAUCCCCACCACAGUUGAUGAGGUCCAGCUGCGACAAUUAUUUGAGCGCUAUGGCCAAAUUGAGUCUGUGAAGAUUGUGUGUGAUCGCGAAACCCGCCAAAGCCGCGGCUUCGGGUUUGUGAAGUUCCACAGCGCCUCCAGUGCGCAGCAGGCGAUUACCGCACUCAACGGCUUCAGCAUUCUCAACAAACGCCUGAAGGUGGCGCUGGCGGCGAACGGUCACCAGCGCGGCGGGGCGGCUGGACAGGUCGGCGAGAACAACGGCUACUUUGGCGGCUACGGCGGCUACGGCGCCUACCCGUACGCCCAGCAGCAGAUGAUGGCGAUGUACGCCCAGCAGUAUAUGAUGCAGGCACCGGCGCAGUCCCAGCCGCAGGCCCAAUCGCAACAACAACAACAACAACAACCACAAAUGCCGCCACCCCCACAGCAACAGCAACAGCAACAAGCACCACAGGCACAGGGCAACCGUCCUGCCAGAUAA